CUUUGAAUGACCGUAACGCUGCCAGGAGUAGGCAGAUGAGCUGCUCCUCCUUCUUGAAUUAGCUAAAAUAGCCAAAUUAGCUUAGAAUUGAAUGAGUAGCACAAAAGAAGUAUCUACAUUUAGCUAAACUUUCCCCAGUAUGUGGCUGCCCCAUCCCUGGCAGUGUCCAAGGCCAGGCUGGACAGGGCUUGGAGCAACCUGCUCUAGUGGAAGGUGUCCCUGCCUGUGGCAGGGGGUUGGAACUGGAGGAGCUUUAAGGUCCCUUCCAACACAGACCAGUCUGGGAUUCCAUGAUACUAUGAUAUAGGCAGAAUAUAUUGAUAUAUAGGGUAUCUCCUAACAUUUUGGGCAUUCUUAUGAUCAAAAGAAGGAUGGAGACCACCUCAGGUUCUCCAGCACUUGCUUCUUUUCCCUAUCUUGGCUGUUCUGAACCUGCACUUUUCACUUCCAAUCUCCAACCUCCAACCGCUGAUGGACUUUCCAGCCUACUGAGCCAGUGCAGACCUUUCACAGGCUCCACCCAGACCACAAUGGCACCACAUCAACACUGGAAGCUUAGCUCCUUUCCCCUUCCAGUGACUCCAUCCCGUGCUGAUGGCUCUGCCUCCCUGCAGGGACCAGGUCCUCCGCAUCAUGGCCAGCAAUGAGGAGCAGACUGCCCUGCUUAGGGCGCUGGGCGAGCAGACAGAGCUGCAGGUUGACUUCUGGCGCCACCCCGCCAGCCCCGGCCACCCGGCCGACCUGCGGGUGCCCUUCCGAAGCCUCCAGGCAGUCAAAACCCUCCUGGAGUCCAAUGGCAUUUCCUACAGCAUCAUGAUCCAGGACCUGCAGAAACUAGUGGAUGAGGAGAAGAAAGCCAUGGCAAAGCCAAGGAGGACAAAGAAGAGCACCAGCACGUUCAAUUUUGCCUCCUACCACACGAUAGAUGAGAUCUACGACUGGAUGGACACGCUGGUGGCUGAUCAUCCCAACCUUGUCAGCAAGCUCCAGAUCGGGCAGAGCUAUGAGAACAGAUCCCUGUAUGUGCUGAAGUUCAGCACUGGGGGAUCCAACCGAUCGGCCAUCUGGCUGGACACUGGCAUCCACUCCCGGGAAUGGAUCACACAAGCCACUGGUGCCUGGACGGCCAACAAGAUCGCUGAGGAGUACGGCCAGGACCCCUCUGUCACUGCCAUCCUGGACAGCAUGGACAUCUUCUUGGAGAUCAUCACCAACCCGGAUGGCUUUGCCUACACCCACAGCUCUAACCGCAUGUGGCGCAAGACGAGGUCCAUCAAUGCUGGCUCCCACUGCAUCGGUGUGGAUCCAAACCGGAACUGGGACGCUGGGUUUGGAGGCUCUGGCUCCAGCAGCAACCCCUGCUCUGAGACCUACCGUGGUCCUUAUGCCCACUCCGAGAGGGAAGUGAAAGCCAUUGCAGACUUCAUCCUUGGUCAUGGGAACGUGAAGUUGGUCAUCUCCAUCCACAGCUACUCCCAGAUGCUGCUUUACCCCUAUGGCUACAAGACAGCAUCCGCACCCGACCACCAGGAGCUGAAUGAAGUGGCUAAAAAGGCAGUGAGUGACUUGGCUGCUGUGUAUGGGACAAAGUACACCUAUGGCAGCAUCGUGAACACCAUCUACCUGGCCGAUGGCACCACCAUUGACUGGACCUAUGACCACGGGGUGAAAUACUCCUUCACAUUGGAGCUGAGGGACAUGGGAUACUAUGGCUUCCUCCUGCCCAGCACCCAGAUCAUCCCCACUGCUACAGAGACCUGGGCAGCGCUGCUGAACAUCAUGGUCCACGUCCUGGAGCAUCCGUACUGAACCCAUGUCCCUCAUAUCAAUAAACAGACCUGCAUUUAA